AUGGAUGAACAAGUGUUACCUGUUAAAUUCAAUAAAAUCCACAUAAAUCCCAAAUUUAGGAAUGCUCAUAUAAAUCCAACGUUUUUCACGCCUCCUACAAUGCCUGCAAUUCCUGCCAAUAUUCAUGUCAAUCCCAAAUUCCUCAGCAUCCCUCCAGUUCCUCAGCCAUCGGUGCCUUCGGAGGCGCCUGAGGUGUAUGCCCAGAAAGAGCCAAUUUACAAGACAAGGCGGAAAAUCAUUAGGAAUGUCUCACCAGCCAAGAAGCGCCCUGAGGGCCCCACGUCCAGGCUGGUUAAGAUUAGCAAAAACAAGCUGAUCCGGACAUCCAAUCAGGUGUCCACAGUGACCAAGAGGAGCCCAACGAGGCCUACAAAGGCCAGAAAAAGCUUAUAUAAGAUUGACAGGAGGAAUUUAGGGAAUUUAACCUUGAGGAUCCCACCGCAGAAUCAUCGGAAGUUGAUGAGCAGCUUCAGUCCAAAGAUCGUCACCACGACUAACAAGAAACUAAUGAGGAUUGGAACUUCUUUCGUGAGCUUUUCUCCGCGGAAAAUCUCCCGGAUCUUUGGGGCAAAUGCCCAAAAGUCCGUUCCUAGUGUCUCAAAGAACAGGAAACUCUCCUUCCUGAAUAUCAAUGGUGUUCUGUACAAAUCCACGGCGAACAAAUUGCAAAAAUCCUCUCCUGCAGUUGUAAAGAAACCUGUUGCACAGAAGAAUCCCCAGGAUCGCGUUUUGUUCAUCCGGGGAGAGAAAUUCACAGUCGAUGGGAAUGGGAAGAGGCUGAGGAAGUGCAAUGGCUCAGCUUCAGCCCUGAAAUUGUCCAGAAUUCACUUUGGCGGACUGACUUAUACAGCAAAUAAAAAUGGGACGUACGAGAGGACCAAUUCUCACUUUGCCAGAACUCAUUUGAGCAUUGCCAAACAGCGGAGUAUAUCCUUCUUGGCCAAUAAAAUGGUCAAGAGCAAUCUUCCCUGCCUGAUCUACAGGCGGCUGGGCAAGUGCCUGGCCAAGGAAAGGGGUAGAUGCCACAGAGUGCAUGAUCCUGACCAGGUAGCCGUCUGUAGGAAAUUCCUCAAGGGUGCCUGCAAGGAUCCCAAGUGCCUCUUGUCGCACAAAGCAGAUUUAUCCAAAAUGCCAACAUGCAAGUUCUUCCUCGAGGGAUGCUGCACGGCUUCCGAUUGUCCCUACCUGCACAAGAAACUCAACGAGAAAACAGAAAUCUGCCGGGACUUCCUGGAGGGAUUCUGCAAAUUGGCCGAGAAGUGUUCCAAGAGGCACGACCUCAUUUGCCCAAAUAUUGAGGCGAAGGGCGUAUGUGACAAAGCACGCUGUCCUCAUCCGCAUCCGCAGAAGAAGGUGGCGAAUUUCAGUGAAAAAGUGCCGAGCAAAAGCGAUUCAGCGUCAGUGUUGAGAAGUGAAAAAGUGCGCUAUUUUCUCGAUGAACACGAUGAAGUGGAAUUGAGUGCUGAGGCCAAGGAGAGGUUAUCCAGGACUCUGGCUAAGGUGGACAAGAUGAAGAGGAACUACUGGAUCAAUGGGGAAAAUGGAGAAGCUGGUGAGAGUUCAUCUGGAACAUGUACGAGUGUCUUGAGUGAGUCAGUGGAGAAAAUAGUGCCAAGUGUCCCUCUCAGUAGACCUCCGAUUGGAGAUCUGCCCAAUUUCAUCCCAUUCUGAGAUUUUUAAAAUUAAAACCACAAAAUUUCCUGUCCCAUCAAUUCUCCUGGAUUUACCGUCAAUUUCGACUUAAGUUAGUAUACUUCCUUUUUUUCAAAAAUAAUCUUAUAACAUUGAUUUUUCCUUUUAUGACGUUUGGGGUGUCACUUAGGCAGGAAUGUGUCUUGGAUAGAAUUUAAAAAUUAAAAAGGUUUUGAAUAGGUAUGGUCCUUGCUCGUAAUCGUUUUAUUUUUCGUUUCAUAUUCAAUUUGUCCCUUUUAUAAAUUUUUAGAUAAUCAAUCUAAUAUCUGAAUCCUGAAUAAGUCUAGACACACUAUUUUAGGUGGAUGUAUUAGAUGUGUCUCCGAUAGACCCUGGUUUGUGCAUAAGCUAAAUGUAUAAUUUUUAUUAAAAAAAUCCCCAAUCAAUGCAAUUUUAUUCAAACCAAAUAUCAGAAAACGAAAUAAAACAAAACAAAAAUGGUAUG